CUGCGCUUCUCCCCUAUGACCUCUAGGAUGCAGUAAUGUGACGCUCAAAGAAGACGAAACCACUUCAAACCGGCCACCGUAGAAGAAGAUGAGCAGCUGAUCUGGAUUCUUUGGACUGACCUGGUACUCUCGGAUCUGGAAAUAACCUGCAGGAAAAAUGUCUGAAAGAAAAAGAAAGCACAAGAAGUCAUCCACAGAGGAGGAGACAUCCAAAGAACACUGUAGGAGUGACGGAUCCAAAAGGAAACACAAGAGAAACAGGCACUCCAGCCGUUCUACAGAAGAAAAAGAACAUGCUGUUACCGAAACCCCGCAAAUCAAAACGGCAGUCCACGCGCUGUCUGCAAGAAUUAAAACAGAUAAGAGACACAUCUCUAAGACAUGUGUGGCCAAAUCAAAGACAAAAAGUUCCUCUGCAACAAUGCACAGCAAUUGUUCCUGUAAAAAAGAGCUUAAUAUUUCAAAGAAAGAUAAUGCUGCCAUCAGGAGUGAAAUAAAAGAAAGUAGACCCUCAAGAUUCCAGAGAAUUAGUGAUUUAGACAAAGAUGAUCAGAGAAAAGAAAAAAGGAACUCGAAGCGCAGUUCAGAUGAAAAAUCUUGCCACUCGAGUCUGCCUGGAUUGAAAAAAAAGCAUAGCAGUCCCACUUUAGUUUCGCAGGAGAAAAAGAGACAAUGCCUGGAAUUGCUGAAGAGUAAAUGUCAAGAUAUGAACAUGUCCAACACUAGAAAUGACAGCAAUACAAAGGAGGCCAAAAAACCAAGCCUGGACUUUAAAAGAAACAAGAAAGCAAAACUGAUCAAAGAGGAAUUGCUUCUUAAGGAAAAUGAGAGCGUUGAUAAAAAUGUAAAAACAUCGCUUGACUUGACCAGUCAACCGUCUUCUAUUUCAGCCAACACUAAAGUGCCCUUCAAAAUUGCUAAGCCAUCUCAUGAUCGGCCAACAGUAACAAAUUUACAUUCCACUUUUAAGAUACCAAAAAAGGUUCAACAAGUGCCCGUAGAUACCAAGACAGGUGAGAGGUCAGACGCUACAUCUACAAGCACAACUGACACAUGUCAGACCGAGCUCUCUUUCUCAGAAACCUCAGCAAGCAACCUGAAACCUCACUGCGGGGAUGUUCCUCCAGGCUUUGCAUUUGAAAGGAAAGACACAAGUCCAUCUUUUUCAAUUGUCGCCCCAAGCAGUAGCAAUGCCAUCCCUGAGCAGCAGAGUGACCAGUUUGGACUCCAGAUGCAAGUGGCGGCGGAACUUCACCUUGCCCGUUCUGAGAGGAGAUUGGAGGUGGAUAUAAUGCAGAGCUACGGAGAGCUCACCUGUAUGGACAUUGACCCCCCAGAGGAGAGCGCAACCUAUACAUUAUGCAAACAACCUGCUCAAGAAGAUGUAAUCCUUGUGCUGGACACCAACAUUCUCCUCAGUCACUUGGAUUAUGUGAAAAAGAUGAAAUAUCAUGGCUUUGGAGCUUUGGGUUUACCAAUUGUGCUGAUUCCCUGGGUGGUUCUUCAGGAGCUGGAUUCUCUAAAAAAGGGGAAAGGUCUUACAGGAUCGGUCGCUCAUUUGGCCUGUCCCGCCAUUUCCUACAUUUACAACUCUCUGAAAAGCAAAGAGAAAUACCUUUGGGGCCAGUCAAUGCAGCAGGCUGCUGAAAGUAACAACAGUCUGAUGGCUGAGAAUAAUGAUGACAAAGUGCUGCAGUGCUGCCUCCAGUACCAGAGUCUGUACCCAGGCAGUGCUCUCAUCCUGUGCACAAAUGAUAAAAAUCUAUGUAGUAAAGCUGUCCUCAGUGGUGUCAAGGCCCUGAGUAAGACUGACCUGGAGGCAGAGGUAGGGAAAGCAAGGCAAGACCAUAACCACCAACAAAGCAUUCUACUCCAGGGGCUUCCUCAAAAUGACCUCCCAAUGACCUCAACCAUGCCAGGAAAGAGUUUUACACCACCUCUUCCUUGUACUCAUGACAGAGCAAGUCUUUCUUCAAGUCUUAGGGAGAAAGAAAGCAAAAGGCAGAGUGCAGAAGAAGAAGAAGAUGAGAAAAUAAACAGAUGUGUUUCUGAGUUUGAAGACUGCCUGCAGGAGGUCCUGUCCAAUGUGCUUGAGAAGGAGAUGAAAGCUGCUUAUGAUGAUAUGUGGCAAGAAAUUGUCUACCUGAAGCCUCCCUGGACUUUUCUAGAUGUCCUCCAUUGUUUUAAAAAGCACUGGAGGGCAGUGUUUGGCUUCAUUGUCCCAAGGCCAAUGUUGCAAACAGUUUUAAAUCUCAUUGACUUCUUCAAACGAGGACAAUCAAGGGACCGUAGUUCAACACUGAGAAUCCUCCAAGAAGCUAAGGAGUUUGUAAAGGAAUUUGGGGAAAGUUCAAGCCUUGUUCCCAGGGCCCUUACUGCAAUGGACAAUAUUCUCAAUAAACUGAAACAUAAGGCUGAAUCAGUUGUCAGCAGUGAUGUUGUAAUGAAUGAGGAUGAAGAAGCCAAACAACUCCCUACCUCUCAUGCCACUCACGAUGAAGUCUGGGCCAUGUUUGAGAACAUCUGGUGUAACGUUUGUCAAAUAAGCUUGGAAGUGUUCAAAGCUUUGGCCUUUGACCCUCACACCAGACAGAGUUCUUUGCCAGUCCGAGGUCCUCCACCCCCACAGGAUGCUGUGGCUUAUCUGAGCCAAAUGUCCUCUAUGGUCUCACAGCUGCUGCAAGCCUUCAUCAGUGUUCUGUCCUCCUCUCCUGGUUUACAAGAUGUGCAAGUGCUUCUCGGCAUUAUCAAAUCCAAUAAGAUAGUGGAUUGCAGGCUGGCAGACACGGACCUCCUCAGUUGUUUUUCACAGCAAGACUACAGGGAGAAACUGCGAGUUGGAGUCAACCAGUUGACAGAGCUUAAGGAAGCCCUGGACCAUUGUCUUCAGACCACGGGUCAGCUGGUCACCAUAAACAUGUAGACCUUCUACGCCACAACCAGGCUAAACCACGUUAACGGUUUCCGCGUUCCCACUCGGGAACAGGAGUAAACCAAGGUUAGAGCUCUUCCAUUCAUCCUUCAUAUGUACCACUUAGUCCUGUGGGUGACUACAGGGAAGCUGGAGCCUAUCCCAGCUUGGGUGCAAAGUGAGUACUACCCCUCACAAUUUAACUAUUAUAUCUUCUCAAGGAAUACUACUGUAAAAGUGAGUCUUGGAUACACUUUAAAGUAGUCAGCGUACAGCUUAUAUAGCAGUAUAGAGUUGUUAUCCACUGAAAACCAGUCAACUGGUGUUUCCCACGUUGAACUGUAGCUACCCUGUACCGGCAGCACUCGUGCACAAGUAUCUUGCUAGCUAUUUAGUAAAUAUUGACUUUGUGUUGACUUAUUUUCUGUGUGUAGUAAGUCCGUAUACUGCUAUACAAGCUGUACACUGACUACUCUUCAUUUAGUGUAAUUCCUCUAGGUGUCCAUUGAGAAGAUAUACUGUAAUAAAAGGGCUGUGAGAUACUUUUUUAAAGGUUUUUCAAAGUAAAGCUUAUAUUGAAGUUGUAUUAUUUAUUUCAUGCUUCUUAGACCAUGUGAAUGUGAAAUAUCAGUUUUAUGUAUUGUAUUUUUUUACAGUUCUUUGUUGAUAAUGCUGCUGUUGCACAUGUGUUAUACCUUAAAGUAGCAUUUUAGAGCUAUUUUAUGAUUGAAAAAAACUAACUUUUUAA